UGCAACUCACUCCGAUCAGUUCUAAGUUGUAGCAGCGGAUCAAGUCGCAAGAAACACCACUUGCCCGUCGUCAUCAACAGCAAGCGAGCAGGAUUAUUAGUCGAUCGCCAUCGUCAGUUCUUCACUUCUUGUCACGUCAGGCCGGGAAUGGAGCACGAGCAGGUGCUUCCUCAAGUGUCAGUGGGCGGCUGCACCUGCAGCGACAACUCGAGCUCGAUCACCUCCCUGAACGCGUCGUCGCCGAGCUCCAGCGACGACUCCGGCAGCAAGGGCACGAAGCGGCCGCGCAGGGACCUGAAGCACCCGACGUACCGCGGCGUGCGCAUGCGGACGUGGGGCAAGUGGGUGUCGGAGAUCCGGGAGCCCCGCAAGAAGUCGCGCAUCUGGCUCGGCACCUUCGACAACCCGGAGAUGGCGGCGCGCGCGCACGACGCCGCCGCCGUCGCUAUCAAGGGCCGCGCCGCGCACCUCAACUUCCCGGAGCUCGCCCACGAGCUGCCCCGCGCCGCGUCCGCAGCACCCAAGGACGUCCAGGCCGCCGCCGCGCUCGCCGCGGCCACGCUGCUGCCUGCUUCUUCUUCGUCGCCCGUCGUCGUCCCGUCCUACGAAGACGACGACGCUGGGGACGCCGGUACGGUGCCUGAUCAGGUUGUCGAGCAGCAUGAUGAUCAAGCAGCGGCGCCGUGCUUCGGCAUUGAGAAUGCAGCUCCGUUGUGUGGUGGCACUGGACUGGACCUCGCGUUUCUCGACGUGCCGGAUGCUCCUCUGGACUUUGGGUACAUGCUGUCGCCGCUGCCAUUGCCUCCGUCUUACUGGGGCUCGCAGUGGGAUGAGAUCGCCGACGAGCUCUGCUUCGAGGAGCCCUUGCUGCUCUGGGAACAUUGACGGUCGAUCGUCGAAGAGUAGCUAACAGGAUGCACGAGAUUCUUUGAUUUCUUGUUUUCGGUCAAUGCGUUAGUGUGUAACUAACCUUGUCGUCCGUCGUCACUGUGAUGCAUGCUAACAAAUUAGCAACGUAGCUGUAGUUAGACUGAAUCAUAUUUUUUAAAAUUUUGAUUCCGUUGCAGGUCAAUAAGAUCAAUAUCGCUUUGUGCGAUAUCAUGCAUAUGUAUAUAUAUGAUGUAUGCAUGUCCUCAGCAAGUUCCUAUUCAAGACUACUAUUUCUG